AUGCCAUUACAAUCAAGUGCUGCUAGAACAUCAUCAAUAACUUCAAAAUCGAAACUACAUAGUAAAUCACCAAUAAAGAAGUUCCAGAAAGAUGUUAAAAAGAUUCUACCUACUCAGAAUGCUUAUCAAGAUCAAUUAAAAAAGAAAAAAUCAUCAUCAUCACCUUCACCAUCAAAUCAUGAGAUAAGGAUAUCAGAUUAUAACGUACAUUUAGAUUAUCAACUAGAUAACAACCAAGAUUUAAUUACUGCAAUAGAUACAAUAUUAGAUAAUAGAUGGUCAGAAUCCACUAAACUACAUAAUAAAUUUCAAGAAUAUAUUACCCAUCCAUAUUCGGACCUUGAAGGUCAAAUACUACUGAUGAAGAAUGUGUCAAAUACCGCGAAGAUUGAAUUAUUAACAUUUAGGAAAAAAUUCCCAAGCUUAGUUGUCAUAACUACUUUAUAUUCAAUUUUUAAUGGGUUGGGAAAUACUUUUGUUGAUAAAUUAAUUGAAUUAAAUAUUAGACAAGGUAAAGUUAAAAAAUUGAUAAUCUCAAAUGCUUCACCAAUUAUAAAUCGAAGUUUGAAUCAAUAUCAAAGUGGUAAAAUAUCGUAUGGUUAUGAAAAUAUGGAAGUACUAGUAAAAUCAGAUGAAUAUUAUGAACUAUUGAGUGAAAUGAUAGUCAUUUCGAAUGAUAAAGAUGUGAAAGAUAUAAUCGAUAAAUAUAUGGUUUAUAUGACUAGACAUUAUACAGAUAUGUAUUUAAGAAUGGAGGAGUUCAACGAUGAAGAAAUAAAAGUACUCAUUAACAAAGGUUUAGUCACCCUAACUUCAAACCACCUAAGUGAAAUUGAGACUCUAUAUAGAGUUUCGUAUCCUGGUUGUGGUGUAUUUUUGAAAUUAAUUAAUGAAGGAAGAGCAUGGAUAACUAAGACAUUAACAAAACAAAAGGAUAAACAAUUAUUAGAAACUGAUAUUUGGAAUAAAUGGCAAGGAUAUAAUACUUUGACUGGUGAUUCAAAAUUGAAUAACUUUCGUAAGCCAUUUUAUGGAUAUGAUUUAAAUUGGAUACUUUCUGAUUGUUUAGGAAGUGGUAUAGUUGAAGGUUUUAAUACACCAGUAGGUAGAGGUUGGAAAUUGACGGGGAAGAUAUAG